AUGGAUGAUAAUGGUAAUAAGGACGACGAGGAUAUGAAUAAUGAUGAUCAUGACAAUGAGCAGGGAGAUAAUGACGGAAAGGAUGACAGUGAUGAUGACACGGAUGAUAGUAAUGAGGCUGAGGAUGAUUGUGAAAUGGUGAAUGAGGCAGAGGACGGGAAGGAUAAAGAUGCUAUGGAUAAUGGUAAGGAUGGGCUGGAGGGAGGUAGCAAUGAAGGAGGUAAAGAGGAGGAAAAUGAUGUGGACAAAAAUGCAGAUGAUGGUAUUUCAUCAGUUUCUAGCCAGGUCCAACAGGAGGAAGUAUCGUUGAGUUUCACUGAACCGUUGGUUCCGUACAGCUCGACCGGUCAGUCUCCCGAGCAAGACUCUUCACAAGACUUGUGGAGUCAGUCAUUUACCUUUUCCCAGCCAGUUGCAAAACAAGAUAUAAAUGAAUACUUAUGGAGCACCGCUUCAGAGGCCAUGUUUGUAGACACCUCAAAAGACCAAGUUAGCGGCAUUGAAGCCUCUGGAUCGGUUAUCCCCAUGGACGACACGACGUCGGAAAUAGAGGAUUCCGUUCCGGGAGAAGACGUAGACGAGUCAAUGCCGGCAUACGCAAACGAUCAAGGCGAGGUUUUAGUCCCUGUUUCCACUUUAGGAGUCCAUUAUCGGACCAUGCGCCGCGACUCAAAAAUUGAGAAAGUCAGGAAACAGAGGAAAGUCAUUUACCUGUCCCAGAAGGACUUUGCUGCACGCAAGGCUGCCCUGUACAAGAAGUCGAGAAAAACAAAACUUAAAUAG